ACUUUCAUGGUAUUGAUUGUACAGAUGUUAUGCCAAGUGUCAUCCCUAGAAUAGAGCCGGAAAACAACUUGCAACAAAAGACUAAUAGUAUAAUCGCUUAAGUACAAUCGCAAUGGACUCCGACGCGGCACAAAAGACCUGGGAGCUGGAGAAUAACAUCCAGACGUUGCCCAGUUGUGACGAGAUCUUUCGCUACGAUGCAGAGCAGCAGCGUCAGAUCAUCGACGCAAAGCCCUGGGAGAAGGAUCCCCACUUCUUUAAGGAUAUUAAAAUCUCGGCUCUGGCGCUCCUAAAGAUGGUGAUGCACGCUCGCUCUGGCGGUACUCUGGAGGUGAUGGGCCUAAUGCUUGGCAAGGUCGAGGACAACACAAUGAUUGUCAUGGAUGCAUUUGCACUGCCAGUGGAGGGCACUGAGACCCGCGUCAAUGCCCAGGCCCAAGCGUACGAGUACAUGACCGCUUACAUGGAGGCGGCUAAAGAGGUGGGACGCAUGGAACACGCCGUGGGCUGGUACCACAGCCAUCCAGGUUACGGCUGCUGGUUGUCCGGCAUCGAUGUGUCCACCCAGAUGCUUAACCAGACAUACCAAGAGCCAUUUGUGGCCAUUGUGGUUGAUCCUGUGCGCACUGUUUCCGCUGGUAAGGUUUGUCUAGGUGCAUUCCGCACCUAUCCGAAGGGUUAUAAGCCACCAAACGAGGAGCCCUCGGAGUAUCAGACCAUCCCGCUGAACAAGAUCGAAGACUUUGGUGUCCACUGCAAGCAGUACUAUCCCUUGGAAAUUAGCUACUUCAAGUCGGCAUUGGACCGCAAGCUGCUUGACUCUCUGUGGAACAAGUACUGGGUAAACACACUGGGCAGCUCGGGUCUGCUCACUAAUACAGAGUACACCACCGGUCAGAUCAUGGAUCUCUCUGAGAAGCUGGAGCAGAGUGAGAACUUUUUAGGUCGCGGAACCGAUGUCAACGAGAAGCGUUCCGAGGAUAAGCUGUCCAAGGCCACGCGAGACUGCAGCCGCUCAACCAUUGAACUGAUACACGGCCUGAUGGCACAGAUCGUUAAGGACAAACUGUUCAACAAGGUUGGACUGGGCAAAUAGUUCAACACUUAAGAUUUCGCAAAUUCCUAAUGAACUUUAAAAUACAUUGUGAAUUUUCUUUGCAAAUGGGCGAUUUAUUAGCCUUUUCCGUGGGAAAUACUUUAAUUAAGUCAAGCUUAUCCAAAAAAAUUAAAGAAUAUAUAAAAUUGUCUCUCAUGCUGAUAAAAAACUUUCAAAAGCUUUUACGUUUGAUAAAAGUCCAAUACAUUUUGUAGAAAACCUUUUGCCCCCUAA